AUAAUAAGAAUAAUAAAUACAAGCAAUUCCAAGAGGGACAUUUGGCUUCUUAAAUAAAAUUCAUGUAGACAUGAAAGUGUGAAGUGAAAGUGACAGAUCAAACUAGAUGCAACUGAGUAAGGCAGUUACACAAAAUAAAUGGAAGCACUGAAAUUAAAUAUAUAUAAUUGAACAAAAUCUAUCAUUUAACAAAUAUAUGACAGCCUCAGUAAUUCCUUUAAUGUCCUCUGGAAAUAUUCACUGCAUGUAGAAUAACAUCUGGCCAGAUGUGAGGACAACCGUUCUAACCUGUUCAAGCUGAUGCAACGACGAAGUGAAAUAAACGGAAUAAAGAUUUAGUAUUUAUUCUAGUAUUUUAGUCAUAGAUGACUGCUCUGUGGGUACAUGAGCACGGUAUGUCCGGUUGCAUUUUAUGCUCAUAAUACCAGACAGACACAAACUGGGGCCACUGUUAAAUGACGAGCUACAGCUAAUUCUCAUCAGUCCAGAGAUGUUGAGUCUACAGCACCGUGCUGUGCCACAUGUUGUGUUUCUCUGCACACGCCAAACCAAACACCAUUCAAAACUCUUAACCACUUAUAGUACUUGAAAUUUUCGCUGUCUAAUUAAAAUACUUCAUAUGGAAUCUAUGUCGAAUUGGAGAGAGUCUCGUUUUAAUUCGGUAAAGCUGUUAACUCGCAUUUGUUGCCCUGCGUGUCUCUGCCGGUACGAUCCGCUCCAUUAUCUAUGAGUGUAAACAGACUGAUUUUUAAAGGGGGGUUCGGCUUGUCAGUCACUGACUGGUUACCUGCAGCUAAGCGGCUCGCCUGAAAGCUUUAGCACAGCUUUAGGUAGCUCACGAAGUUAACGUCAGCUUGCUGGCUGUGACAGUUCGUCAAAACACAUUAAAUCGUGCUGUCAUUGUUUUUGUCUGUAAGUUGAAUAAGAAAAUUUACCCACCUCCUGAGGUCGACAUGUCCACAGUGCUGGAUGGUUGGAUGCUGAUGCAACAAUAACGUGUCCGGAAGGAGAACCCGUGCACUAAAUACUAGCAGUGGGAACAGGAACCAAAGUGUUUGAACCCGAGAGCGAGGGGGACGGAAAUGACUGACGGUUCAUCGAGCGGAAGUUUGGAUUUUAAGAUCGCCUGUGAGAAGUCUCAUGUAUUCCAAACUACGAAACUUGUCCGUGUAGCUGGCAUAUUGUGACCAAAGCGGCUAAAUGAAGAGUGUAUGUUUCAGUGUGCAGUAAGUAAACGCAGAAAUGUCGCACAUGAAAGAGCACAUCGACAGACUGACUCGUCUUUAUGAGCGCUACACGGAGUAUGUGCGGAGGAACCCAGCUGCCACAGCACAGCUGGAGAGCACGGUGCGGACACUCUCCUACCUGAUCGCAGGGCGAUUUGCAGAUUCCCAUGAAAUCUCAGAACUAGUGUACUCGGCGUCCAAUCUCCUGGUGCUGUUCAAUGACAGUAUUCUGCGCAAAGGGCUGAGAUGUGCCCUCCCUGUGUCUCUCUCUCAGCAGAGGCUCCUCACCUGGCUGUCUGUGUUGGAGUACGUGGAGGUCUUUCUGGAGAUGGGAGCCUGCAAGCUGUGGGGAGACGUCGGCCGCUGGCUGGUGAUCGGACUCGUUCAGAUUUUUAAGGCAGUUUUUCGCUUCAUUCUUCUUCUGUGGUACAAAUCCGGCAUCCAGACUUCACCUCCCAUAAUCCCUCUGGACAGAGGUGCAGAGCUAGUUGGCGAAGAUGACGACACGGAGCAGCAAGAUGACCCCUGCUUUGUGGGUCAGAGGUCAGGGCGGGUCAUUCGACCACUGGGCGGCGCUCGCUCCCUGCAGGCUCGGCCGUGGGCGCCGCCCACUCAGAGGAAGAGGAGGAGGAGCUUGAAUGGGCAGAAGCUCGACAGCAAACCAACACACCUGAGCCUUCAGGAGACCAUCGCAGAGUCUGUGUACAUCGGACGGCCACUCGUGCACUUACUCUGCCUCGGAGUCUGUGGAAAACAGUCCUGGAAGCCGUGGCUCAUCUCUGGAGUCCUCGAACUUUCCAGCUUUGCUGUGCUCAGUGACACAAAAUUUGAAAACCGCUGGGAGAGGGCCGAGCUGAGGAGGAGAACCUUCCUUUUCCUGUACUACCUUCUGCGUUCGCCCUUCUAUGACAAAUUCUCAGAGGAGAAGAUCCUCUUCCUGCUCAGACUCCUGGCUGAUCAUAUUCCAGGAAUCGGCCUCGUGGCGCGGCCUCUGAUGGAUUACCUCCCCACCUGGCAGAAGAUCUACUUCUACAACUGGGGGUAAGACCUGCUGGACGUGCUCUGAUCUUUGAUGUCUGCGAGUCAAAAAAGGACGACGGCGAGGAAGGACGGUCAGGAAAAGAGACACUAAUCCCCCAAUAAUCUGCUAAAAUGAUGCGAGGACCCUCUGAGGGACACACUGAUUAUUCCAGAAAGGAUUAUCUUGAGACUAUUUUCAUUAAUCAGCAAACAGGUUUUAUCACCUCGAGUCUGGCACCACAUGCGUCAGGGUUGGAGAAUCUCAUUCUUUGGCUUGAUGAUUUAUGCCACUCUCCGUACAGCGAUGUUUAUCCGUGUUGACAGAUCGUAUGAUUCAUGUUGAAGAUGUUGUAGUGAUGCCUGAGCUGUGGAAGUCAGCAGUUCACUGCAGAGCAGAAAUCUUUUAAUGAGGAUAUAAAACUAAACAGCCACGACUGAGAAUCACAUAAAAGGCGAUUGAAGAAAUCUCGACACCUCGGGCGCGAAGUUCUGCUGCUCGAUUCGCCGUUAGCCAGUUUUCACGAAGACGAGGGCACGCAAACAACCGAGAAACACCAGCAGAGGCAGACGAAACAUCGUGAAAACUCGUGAGUCAGCCAAAACCGGUUUACGGUCGUGUCUGUGUUGGAGUCAAUGAGCAGGAAGAAGCAAUGUUUUCAAUCUUUAUUAACAUACGGAAUAAUUUUCUUUUUGUAGCCUACAAAUAAAUAGUUUCAUCAU